AUAAUACUUAAUGAUCAUAUUGAAUCAUUACUAUUAUUAUUACAGAAAUUUAGUGAUUGUUUAGAAAAUUUUGGAUUUGAAAAUGGAGAUAUAGGAGUCGAAUAUAAUGAACAAAAACAAAAAUUAUUUGAAUUUAUUAUGAAAUAUUGUAAAAAUAUUAGAUAUUUUUAUUCGUGUUUACCUUAUUAUGAUAAUAAUAGUAUUUACUUAUUCAUUGAAAAGAAUCAACAUAAUAUUAAUUAUCUUACUAUUGAAGGGGAUUUUAUCGAAAAUCAUAUUCUUUUUGCUGAAAGUUCAACUUUAUUACGAAAUUUAGGACAGGUUCUUCCUUCUAGUGAUCUAGAAAUAUUUUUAAAAAAUUCACAAAAUACUUUUAUCAAAAAAUUAUUAAUUAAUAAUGUAUUCCUGCAUACAUCAUCCCCGAGAAGUGUAGAUACAAAAAUUUUAUUUUUUAUAAAGAAAUAUAUUAUGAAAAAGGAAAGGGUUAAAUAUUUGGCUAUUUUAGAAUCGGAUUCUAAUGGUGGUAUACAACCUGUCGAAUUAUUUUUUUUAAAUGAUGAAGUAAAUGAAUAUAAAUUACAUAAUAUUAUAGUUCAAAAAUACCAUGAUUUAUAUAUUGAUGCACAUAGUUAUAUAAAUUAUCAUUUACAAUAUUAA